AUGACGCACUUUUUGAGAGAUUGGAAUUUUCCAAAUUGCGUAGGAGCUUUAGAUGGAAAACACUUUCAAAUAAAAGCUCCACCCAACUCUGGUUCUCUUUUCUACAAUUAUAAAAAAACAUUUAGUGUUGUUCUUUUGGCAGCAUGUGAUAGUUCGUAUAAAUUUACUCUAGUCCAUGUUGGAGAAAUGGGAAGCAACAAUGACGCUGGUAUAUUCAAUGAAAGUCCAAUUGGACAGUGUAUGAAACAACAACAGCUUCACUUGCCUAAGGGUGUUGCAAAACUGCCUGGAAGUGAGGAAACAACAUCUGCUAUGUUCCUUGGUGAUGAAAUUUUCCCCAUUUCAAAAAACUUUAUUGUUCCUUAUGGAGGAAUUAACCUUGAUGAGGCGAGCAGAAUCUUCAAUUACCGACUUUCUAGAGCACGACGAGUAAUUGAAAAUGCCUUUGGUAUUUUGGUUGCUCGUUGGAGAAUUUUUAAAAGAAUAUUAGAAUUGGAAGUCGAUUGUAUUGACACAAUUAUUCUAGCAACAAUAUGUUUGCACAAUUUGUUGAGAACAAAAGACGAACUGGAAAAUCCACCAGCAAUCCAAUAUUGCACACCAAGAUUCGUGGACCAGGAAAAUGACGGAAUUUUUAUUCCUGGAGAGUGA